CCAACAUUUGCAUAUCAACCCUUCAGAGCAAAAAUGGCCACCAUUGCUAAGUCCGCUGUGCGCAGCUCUGUGCGCCCCACCGUGGCCAGCCGGGCCGCCCGCGUGGUGCCCCGCGCUGCCAUCGAGUGGUAUGGCCCUGAGCGGCCCAAGUUCCUGGGCCCCUUCUCUGAGGGCGAUGUGCCCGCCUACCUGACCGGCGAGUUCCCCGGCGACUACGGCUGGGACACCGCCGGCCUGUCGGCUGACCCCGAGACCUUCAAGCGCUACCGCGAGCUGGAGCUGAUCCACGCCCGCUGGGCCAUGCUUGGCGCUCUGGGCUGCGUGACCCCCGAGCUGCUGUCCAAGUACGCCGGCGUGCAGUUCGGCGAGUCGGUGUGGUUCAAGGCCGGCGCCCAGAUCUUCCAGGAGGGCGGCCUGAACUACCUGGGCAACGAGAACCUGGUGCACGCCCAGUCCAUCAUCGCCACCCUGGCCUUCCAGGUUGUUGUGAUGGGCCUGGCUGAGGCCUACCGCGCCAACGGUGGCCCCCUGGGCGAGGGCCUGGACGCCCUGCACCCCGGUGGCGCCUUCGACCCCCUUGGCCUGGCUGACGACCCUGACACCUUCGCCGAGCUCAAGGUCAAGGAGAUCAAGAACGGCCGCCUGGCCAUGUUCUCCAUGUUCGGCUUCUUCGUGCAGGCCAUCGUGACCGGCAAGGGCCCCAUUGAGAACCUGGCUGACCACCUGGCCAACCCCGGCGCCGUCAACGCCUUCGCCUACGCCACCAAGUUCACCCCCUCCGCCUAAAUGCUGAGCGCGCGUGUGCAAGAAUGGUGUUGGGAUGAUGUAGGGUUACGGCUGCUCGCUCUGGUUCAGGAUUAGGUGGUUAGGCGC